CGGCUGGAGCUGAGCUUAAAAGAAGCAUCUGAUCUGAGCCGAAUUGUGGCAGUGAUUUUCUCUCCGUCAAUGGGAGGUGGGUUAGGGAUAGGAGUGUGUAGUGGGGGCUUAGGUUGUUUUAGCUUUUCUUUCUGAGGACAGAAGAGGGUCAGGAGAGACUAACUCCCGGCAGGAUACAACGUGAAACAGUUCCCUGAAGAGUGUCACAAUGUUCCUGUUACAAUAUACAGGACUGAACCAGCUGCCCUUUGACCCUGCCAACAACAACGAACCCCUGCAGUUUGCUAGUGCCAGUGGCCCUCUGGUCCCAGAAGGCCUCAUUGAGAAUGGAGGGGAAUCAAGCAAGAAAAGAAAGAGAACAAAUCCUCCUUCAGCUGAUAAUACUAGAACUCUGAAUGUAGAUUCUGCUGCAAUGACGCUGCCAGUGUCUGAUCCAACUGCAUGGGCCACAGCAAUGAAUAAUCUUGGAAUGGCUCCACUGGGAAUUGCUGGACAACCAAUUUUACCUGACUUCGAUCCUGCCCUUGGAAUGAUGACUGGAAUACCACCAAUAACUCCCAUGAUGCCUGGUUUGGGAAUAGUACCUCCACCAAUUCCGCCAGAUAUGCCUGUAGUAAAGGAGAUCAUACACUGCAAAAGCUGCACGCUCUUCCCUCCCAACCCAAAUCUCCCACCACCUGCAACACGAGAAAGACCACCAGGCUGCAAGACAGUGUUUGUGGGUGGCCUGCCUGAAAAUGGGACAGAGCAGAUCAUUGUGGAAAUGUUUGAGCAGUGUGGAGAGAUUAUUGCUAUCCGGAAGAGCAAAAAGAACUUCUGUCACAUUCGCUUUACUGAAGAAUACAUGGUGGACAAAGCCCUCUAUCUGUCUGGUUACCGCAUUCGCCUAGGCUCUAGUACUGACAAGAAGGACACAGGCCGCCUCCAUGUUGACUUUGCCCAGGCUCGGGAUGACUUGUAUGAAUGGGAGUGUAAACAGCGCAUGCUAGCAAGAGAGGAGCGGCACCGUAGAAGGAUGGAAGAAGAACGAAUGCGUCCACCAUCCCCACCCCCAGUGGUCCACUAUUCAGAUCAUGAAUGCAGCAUUGUUGCUGAAAAACUAAAAGAUGAUUCCAAAUUCUCGGAAGCUGUGCAGACCUUGCUCACCUGGAUCGAGAGGGGGGAGGUGAACCGCCGCAGUGCCAAUCACUUCUACUCCAUGAUCCAGUCAGCCAACAGCCAUGUCCGCCGACUGGUGAAUGAGAAAGCUACCCAUGAGAAAGAGAUGGAAGAAGCAAAGGAGAAGUUCAAGCAGGCCCUUUCGGGUAUUCUCAUUCAAUUUGAGCAGAUAGUAGCUGUGUACCAUUCUGCUUCCAAACAGAAGGCAUGGGACCACUUCACAAAAGCACAACGUAAAAACAUCAGUGUUUGGUGCAAACAAGCUGAGGAAAUUCGCAACAUUCAUAAUGAUGAAUUAAUGGGAAUCAGGAGAGAAGAAGAAAUGGAAAUGUCCGAUGAUGAAAUAGAAGAGACAACAGAAACUAAAGAAACAGAGGAAUCAGCCUUAGUGACACAGGCAGAAGCUCUGAAGGAGGAAAACGAUAGCCUCCGUUGGCAGCUGGACGCCUACCGGAAUGAGGUAGAACUGCUCAAACAGGAACAAGGCAAAGCCCAAAGGGAGGAUGACCCAAACAAGGAACAGCAGCUGAAACUUCUACAGCAAGCCCUACAAGGGAUGCAACAGCAUCUGCUCAAAGUCCAAGAGGAGUACAAAAAGAAAGAAGCUGAACUUGACAGAAUCAAAGAUGACAAGUUACAGGUGGAAAAACUGUUGGAAAAUCUUCAUGAAAAGGAAAACUGUGGUACUAGACUGUGUGCAUCAAAUCAAGAAACUGAGCACCCUCUUGAGAAGACUGUGAUUGGCAAUCCUGUCAAAUCUGAACGUGAGGCACUGCUAGUGGGGAUCAUCUCCACAUUCCUUCACGUCCACCCAUUUGGAGCAAGCAUUGAAUACAUCUGUUCCUACUUGAAUCGUCUUGAUAAUAAGAUCAGCACCAGUGAUGUGGAAUCUCUCAUGAGUAGACUCCAGCAUACCUUCAGACAGGAAAUGACCGGAGUUGGAGCCAGCCUAGAGAAGAGAUGGAAAUUCUGUGGUUUUGAAGGCUUAAAGCUGACCUGAAGCUCUUUGCCUAAGAAUUUGGGAUCCUGAAAAUAAAUAUGUGCUGGACAAGCUUA